CGGUUCGGUUCUGAGCGGUUCGGAGCCCUGCGGGAUGGCGGCCGGCGGCUACGGGCGCUACCGGGCCCUGAUCUUCGCGGCCAUGUUCGUGGGGUACACGCUCUAUUACUUCAACCGCAAAACCUUCUCGUUCGUCAUGCCCGCCGUCAUGGCCGAGGUGCCGCUGGGGAAGGACGACCUGGGUCUCAUCACCAGCAGCCAGUCCGCAGCCUACGCCAUCAGCAAGUUCAUCAGCGGCAUCCUUUCGGACCAGAUGAGCGCCCGCUGGCUCUUCUCCUCCGGCCUCCUCAUGGUGGGCUUGGUCAACGUGGUCUUCUCUUGGAGCUCCACCGUCAUGGCCUUCGCCGGGCUCUGGUUCCUCAACGGCCUGGCCCAGGGGCUGGGCUGGCCGCCCUGCGGGAAGAUCCUGCGCAAGUGGUUUGAGCCUUCCCAGUUCGGGACUUGGUGGGCAAUCCUGUCUACAAGCAUGAACUUGGCUGGAGGCUUAGGCCCCAUUGUCGCUGCUCUUGUGUCUAUGAACUACGAUUGGCGCAAGACUUUGUCCUUCUCUGGCUUCACCUGCAUGGUUGUCUCUUUUGUUUGCCUUGUCUUGAUUAAAAAUGAGCCGUCGGAUGUUGGGCUGCCCAACAUUGAACAAGGAGCCAAGAAAGGGAAGAAAGGUUCCUCCAGUGACAACAGCACCUUGACAGAGCUGCUGCUUUCGCCGUACCUUUGGGUGCUCUCAACAGGCUACCUGGUCGUUUUUGGAGUGAAAACAUGCUGUACUGACUGGGGACAGCUCUUCCUGAUCCAGGAGAGGGGACAGUCCAUGCUUGUGGGCAGUUCCUACAUGAGUGCCUUGGAGAUUGGGGGCCUGGUGGGAAGCAUUGCUGCUGGAUACCUUUCUGAUAGAGCAGUAGCAAAAGUGGGUCUGUCAAGCUAUGGGAAUCCUCGGCAUGCGCUGCUGCUUUCCAUGAUGGCUGGGAUGUGUGUGUCCAUGUUUCUCUUUCGGGUCACAGUCACAGGUGACUCUCCCAAGCUGUGGAUUCUGACUCUGGGAGCUGUGUUUGGGUUUUCCUCAUAUGGGCCAAUUGCCCUGUUUGGGGUCAUAGCCAACGAAAGUGCCCCUGCCAACCUGUGCGGUACCUCCCAUGCCAUAGUGGCCCUCAUGGCCAAUGUUGGGGGUUUCCUGGCUGGACUGCCUUUCAGUACGAUUGCCAAGCACUACAGCUGGGCCACAGCAUUCUGGGUAGCUGAAGUCACCUGUAUCAGCAGCACAGUGGCUUUCUUCUUCUUACGAAACAUCCGCACCAAGAUGGGCCGGAUUUCCAGGAAGGCUGACUGAGGAUAAGCUGCUUGAUAGAAAGGAUGUUCCCACGCUGACAUGAAUGAUGCUCGUUUUUGUUUAACUGGCCUAGGAGUGAGUUUACCUAUUGCUGCAACCUAGAUAAAAAUGUCUCAACUUCUCAUCCAAUGUGAGGUGCCAGAAGGCACAAGGUUCCUGCUACUGAUCGCUUUUUCCYUCAAGAUGUGAUAAUUCACCUAGUUUACAUUUGCAGUGAUUUUACUGUACCUCUUCAUCACAGCACUGUUAGUCAAGAAAGCAGGCUCCACAGCCUGAGCUUCCCCACUACAGGUGGUCUGAAAUGGCUGGCUUCAGGUGCACUUACCUUUAGUUUUGUCAUUACUGUUUGUCUCAGCCAUUAACUGAGACAUUAAUCAUUUCAGCUUCACUGCUCAGGGGCACUGAACCGAGCCCUUUCUGCCUGCAUCCGUCCCAUCCAGCUGCCUAAGCACAGUUGUCCCAGGUCACUUCAGCAUGAGCUCUGCGUGUGCUCAGCCACAGGACAGCAGCAGAGCAGGGAAUGUGAYGAUUGCAGUCCAGCCUGCUUUGACAGCAGCAAGGCUUUAGCUGAAUCUGGGGUUAGCUGCUAGGGGUGAAGGAGUGUGUUGCUGUGGACAACUGGAAACAGGGGGCUGUUGCUGUGGCAGGACUCCCCACAGCAUUUAGAAAUAGGCAUGUUUCCAGGGAAUUCAUGGUGUUUGGAGGAGCUCCUUCUAAUGAGCUGAUCCUGCUUGGGGCGACAUCUGUGUGCAGUGUUAAUGAUUUCCAAGGGAGGCAGCUGCUGCCAAGGCAGCUCACAGCCAGUGCUCUGUGAAUGAGCCAGGAAAAGUAUCCCAGCAGCAGGAACUGCAACAGCAGCCACCACCACCAUUUCUGUGCCUGGGUUCUAUUACAACCCUCAUUUUUAGCAUUCAGUACACGGUGUGAAGACUACGGUGGUUUUGGUCAAGAGUUGCAUCUUAUGGCCUGCAGGCAGGGGCUUGGGCUGCCUCUGAGUCCGCCUUAGSAGUCAGGCCCAGCACCUUGCAAUAAGUACACUCAGGUUUUUAACCAGGAUGUUGAAUAUUCUUGUUUUUCCCCAAAAGAAUUUACUGCUUUAGGAUCCUGAAAGAGGCAAGUUCGACUUGCGAAGAACCUGUAUGCAGGUACUUUGCUGAAUACCUUGGUUGCAAGAGUAGUUAGCUAGCCUUAAUUAAAACAAUGGAAGUGAAUUAUAUUUUGUACUUAAUUACAUGAUCUUCUAUAUGCGAAAUAAAAAUGGAACAGUGUCACGA